GUCACUAUUCUACAGUUUCUUCUUGCCUAUUUCAUUCUUCUACUGACUAUAUUUUCUGUUUGCGCUAUUAGUACUAAUGGGGCUGUAGAGGGAGGCGGUGUAUACUUUAUGCUUAGUCGUGUCCUGGGCCCUGACUUCGGCGGUGCUGUUGGAGUAGUAUUUUACUUUUCUCAGGUCUUUUGCGCCGCUCUUUACAUAACAGCAUUUGUUGAAUGGUGGUCUACCAGUUUCUUUUUGAACCAGCAUUUUCAUGCUGAUUGUGGGCUUUAUUAUUUCCCUUAUUCACUUUUAUGUCUCUAUUUCUUUCGACUGGCUUUGGAAGUUGCCGUUCCAAGAGUUAACGGCCUCGUAUACAAUCAGAGCGAUCCUAAUCAAACUACAGUAAUGGUUCAGUUCACUGGAUUUAACCUAACCACACUUAAAGAGAACUUAUUUUCUAAUUACACAGUAGAUUAUGUAAGCCGUGGACAAAUGAAUUUCGUCAUUGUCUUUGCGGUUCUCUUUUCCGGUGUUACAGGUAUCAUGAAUGGUGCCAAUAUGUCAGGAGAACUGAAGAAGCCUUCAGUAUCAAUUCCUAGGGGAACUCUUGCGGCUGUAGGAACAACUCUGUGCGUCUACAUUGUUAUGUCUGUUUUAUCGGCGGCUUCUUGUAGCAGGUUUCUGCUGGUUGAGAACUAUGCUUACAUGCAGAGUAUCUCCUUUUGGCCUCCGCUGGCAACUGUGGGAGUUCUGGCAGCGACCUUAUCCGCAUCCCUCGGCAAUCUCAUUGGAGGCUCGCGUGUUCUUGAGGCUUUAGCUGUGGAUGAAAUUUUCGUGGAGUUGAGGGGGGGGGGGUCACUAAAAAGUGAUGGUAUUCAUGGCUUGUUAAUGAGUUGA